AUGAACCUGAAUCCUCUUACUAAACAAGGCGAGGCGCUGCACUGUGAGGUCUGUGAAAUGAUUGUAGAAAAAUGGUUAGAGGGUUCCAGUGAUUUUGUUACAAAUAGUAUAUGCAUGGUGAGUCCUGGGACUCAUUUUGUGAAUAGUCAAGAGUUCUGGCCUGUCCACAUGCACAACCAGUGAGUCCCAGUUAAAAAACAGGGAGUCCUUAAUUGAAAAUGCUUGGUAUGGGCCUUUUAACCAGACAGUUAAUCUGGAGACAGAUGCCAAAACUUUUUAUGACAGUUUACUAAAAUGAAAGUAUAGUCCUAUAUAUUUAAAGCACAAAAAGACUAAAAUAAUUAUAUACAUCUUUAAACAACAGCUACAGAAAUCGCACAAACGGAUAUUCUACCAACAAAUCUUCAAAUCGAUCGAUCAUCCUUUGCAUCCUACGGGAUGCAUGCCAUGAAUUAUUUUGCGUCUUUGGAUAAUUUUUUGUGUGAGGGACACAAGAUGCAGAGGUAACAAAAUCACUGGGGUUUGAAACCAUUCCAAAUAGUGCACCAGUUUAAUUUACUGAGAAGGACGGUAACAAAUAUUGUUGAUCGUUUCAUAUGUCCAGGAAGCCCCUACACAGAGUUUUUUAAACAGCAACGACCAAGUAUGUAUGCUAUGGAAAUACAAAAACAUUUAAUUGAAAAUCAGGUUGUUGACCCGCAAAGGUUCGAUAAGUCAUGUAUUGACACGUGAUUUCGGUUACUCUUGCAAAGAGUUGACAAUAGUUCCAAAAGAGAGCUUAAUCUAAUAAUAUAAUAAUACUUGACUGAGAACGCUCAAGAAAAAGUUGAAGCAUGUAUUUUUUUUCAGUAACUGUGAUCCCAGGAAUAGGUACUUCUUUGACGAGAACUCGGUGAUUAAAACAACUGGGAAGUGAAGUUACUGUUGAGCAAACUUGUGAAGCUCAGUCGUAGUUGACAACUAUGUCUUGAAGUUCGCAAUUUGAUUCCCUAACUUGCUAAGUAAUUGGCUACUUCAUGAUGUAGUACCCAAUUUUCCAACGAACUUUGCAACAUGGUGUGGUAAAUAAUGUGAAAUCGACUGUAACAGAGUGAUCCAGACUUUAAGAGCGCUUUCCAUUUGUCCGAACUGGCCGGCCGGACCAUUGUCCAACCAGUCGGUUUGAUAUUGAAAUAUGCUUUUGCCAAGAGUUUUUGCUGAGCAACCAUUUCCUUGGUGCAUACUACUUAGGAUUUGACUGAUCUGGCUGGAGAGAUUUGAUUAAAAUGGAAAUUCUCAUUGCGUUGGGAAUGGUUUGGCCGGUCAGUUCUGACAAAUGGAAAGUGCCCUAAGUCUUCAUUUCAGUGGACAGCAAAACCAGCAGUGGAGUUAAACUAGUAAAACCGCUUUUAUUUAUCCUGUAUUACCCUGCAGUUCUAUGCAAACAUCAUAUUGACCAGGGGGAAGGAGGGUACUCCUUAAAUAUGUUCUCUUGAAAUCCAAACAAUGUUGCCACAACUUGCAAAGCAACCAGCAGAUUUGUUUACUGAUCAUUCCUUGAAUAUCCACACUCAUAGCUCAGCAUACAUUGUUAUCAGUAAAGAUGUUACAUGGUUGCAGUGACUGUCACAUUUUUUUUAGUUUCCCUUGCAUCUUCAAUACCAAGAAACAAUUACAUCAUGUGAGAAAAACAAAGAGGCAUGAUAUUUUUGUCAAUUAUUGACUUAUUUUCUCUGUUGGUUCGCCUCUCAUUGCUAAAAUAUUUACUUUAGGAAACACAUGUACAUGUAUAUCCAGCACAUCACAUUGAAUGUUUGGCUUUCAAGCUAGAUCAAACUCUUUCAAAUGAAAGAGUUUGAUGCAGCUCAGCCAUUCAACAAAACCCACUCACCAAAAAAAAUUGAAUAGAUCAUUUGAGUUUUGAAGUCAGUCAAACAUUGAGUUGGGUUAUCAAACAAAGUGGAACUCACAUAAGGAACACUCGAAUUGAACAAAACAAGCGUUUCAGUUCCAAGCAAUUGAUGACAAGUGUGUUAAUUAUUGAUCUAGUGUGAAAGCAGUCAAGGCGAUGUAAGAUCCUGCUUCUUUUAUUAUUUCCAUUUCAGAGUUCAGGGUUGUCACUAAGAUUUCAGGUUGCCAGGUAAGCACAACAAGUAGGCGGGGAAAUCAAACAGCUAGGGAUUUCUUUUGGUUCUAUUUUUCUUCUAUUUUCCAAUAAAAGUAGCCGGGGGCCACUCUCUUAGUAGCCGGGGAAACUCCCCGGCCCCCGGCUCUUAAUGACAACCCUGGAGUUAAAUUCUAAAAUAAACAUUUUCUGUGAAAAUGUCAAUACAUUUAUUUUGUUUACCAAGGAAAAAGUCUUUAAAUCUGCAAGUUGAAAUCAUCUUGGGAAUCAUCUCAGUUAUUACUCUUCACUCCUUAAUUGGCCUCAAUAAUAUUGUAGCAUAUUCUGAAUCCAGCACUUGUCAGAUUUCCCUGGCUUGUUGAGUUGACUCAGUUUUCACAUUUUAUUUUUUUCUAAUAUAAUUUGGUUUGUUUCGAUUUUGUUCAGGCAUCAAACUCUCCAGAAAGCUGGUUUGAUAUUGUUUGAUGGCCAAACUGUUUUGUUCGGGGGAGUUUGAUGGGAACUUUGUUUUGCAUAAUAGAUUGUACACCGGAAGUAUACAUUUACUGCCGUAAAUGAUCUGCUGCCCACCAGGAUUAUCGCUUUACAAGUUGUGAGAACAUCAUUUCUUGCACCCAGACCUUGUUACUUUCCCCUGCUUCCCCUGGUAUUGACCCUGUACGUGUAGAUGAUAAUGUACAACCUGAGGGAGGUUGUGCCCUUGAAAAGUAGGCUUUUUGUUACUGGUACUGGUAAUCAUAGACAGCCUCUGUUUACAUUUACAUGUACAUGUAACCAACCCCUGGUCCAUAGUCUUAACGUUGCAGGUUGCGGGCAACAUAAUGUACUAGCUAUUACUAUGAAACACAACUGUAUACAUGUAAAAUUAUUGUAAUGUGAUGAAUCAGGGUUGUCAGAAAGUUUUGAAGUAGACAGCUGAGUUGUCAAAAAUAAUAAGCGGCCAGUAAAUUAUAUGUAUAUUACUCAUUUAGUAUUUUUUAUUCGUAUGAGAAUAUCUACAUUAGUAAAGUUGUCUUACUGCUAAAAGGUUUUCCCUCCCCCCGCCCGAUAGCCUGGGGAAUAGCUUCUGUGUUUUACUUAUUAGCACUUUGUUUUGUUUUUCAUACAACAGGCCAGGCAGAUCACCUUGGUAUGUGAUGUUGGUGCAGAACGUUCUCUCAAAGCAGGCUGGUUCAUGGAACUUAAUUUCAGUCUCAAGCUACUGUGCUUUAUGCUUAGUCAAGUUCUGCAAAUGUUAAUCUUGAAAUACUACUUCUAUGCUAAAGACAAAAAAUGUCCAACUGCUACCUCGAGUGGGCAAGGUGAAGCAAACCUUGCAUUCUAA